AUGACGUUUGACUGUCGCUACCUAAAUGCGUGUUUGUUUAAAUGUAAUUGUGGCGAGGGGAGCGUGGUGUAGCGAGGUGUGCAGCAGGAGAGAGAGCCGGGAGACGAGCGGUAAGUGAGUGGAGUAAUUACAGACGACCAACACCUGUGUCUCGUUCCAGUAAGGGCGCGGAGAGAGGAUAUAAGCUCCAGAGGAAGGGACAAUGGGGAGAGAGAGACGGACUCAACACGAGCUGCCACCGACCCAAACCUUCCAGUCAGCCAGAAGGACCUGCGCUGACUUCCGAGCGACACAAGCCAGGCUGAGAGAGAAGCCGUGGACAUUUUUACUGUUUAUUUUGGGUGCUCUGUUUUGUUUGGUUUUUGUGGAAUAAAGCUGUGUCAGACUCGCCAACCUUGUCCUCUUCCUUCCUUCUAACAGCGAACCCGCUACACUGGUGCCGAAACCCGGGAAGGAAGUAGGAGGGACACCGCCGUCAUGCAGGCAGCAUCGGGCACGCCGUUUGCGGACAUCAUCGCAUCUCUCGCGGUCCUCCACCGCGAACAACACCAGGCCCUGCUGGAUCUUCGGAGUGACCACGAGCUCCGAUUCCAGACCAUCUUCCAGGCUCAGCGAGAGGACCGCGAGAGCUUCCGGAGCUGGAUGGGCCAGGGGGUUCGGGCAGAGGCGACCGCACCCGCUACAACCGCCGCGUUCCUGCCGCUAUCGAAGAUGGGGCCGGAGGAUGACCCAGAGGCGUUCUUCGACCUCUUCGAGAAGACUGCGGAGACUAGCGGCUGGCCCCCGGAGGAUUGGGCGAGGCGUCUCCUACCUCUGCUGUCGGGGGAAGCGCAGCUGGCGGCCCGGCCACUGCCCAUCCAGAACCUCCUGGUCUUCGACGACCUGAAGAGGGCCAUCCUCCAGAGGGUCGGCCGCAGCCCGGAGGAACAUCGGCAGCGAUUCCGGUCGCUGGGGCUGGGCGAAAGCGGCCGUCCCUUCGUGAUGGCCCACCAGCUCCGGGAUUCGUGCCGCAAAUGGCUGCUGGCUGGGAACGGUGACGUCGAGGACAUCAUUGACCGCGUGGUGCUGGAGCAGUUCAUCGCCCGGCUUCCCAAGAAGACGGCCGAGUGGGUCCAGUGCCACCGCCCGACGGCGCUGGACUCAGCCAUCCAGCUGGCGGAAGACCAGAUGGUGGUGUGCCCCGGGGUUGGCGAAUCCCUUCCGGCUGUCUCUCUCUCCUCUAAGGAGGCUGUUUCUCUCUCCCCCUCUUCUCUCUCCCCCUCUUCUCUCUCUCUCUCUCUCCCUCCUGUCCCUGCACCCAGGUCCCGGGCUCCCGGUCCUCCACGAGUGCCGCCGCGGCGACGGUUCCCACCGGCCGCGAGCUACCCGAGCGCGUACCGUGCUCCACCCCGCGGAUUUCCGGAAGGCAAUGGGUCCCAUUUCUCUCCGCGCCCGUCCCGUGCUCCACUCCCCGCCACUCGGAUGGCGGAGACGCCUGGGCCGGCCUGUUGGCGCUGCGGGGACCCGGACCAUUGGGUCGAUCGGUGUCCAGUGAUGGAGGUCGGGACGAUGAUCCGGGUUCCCGACACGCCACAGGCUGCCCCUGGUCAGAACGGAGAGUACCAAAUUCCUUAAGGGCGCGGAGAGAGGAUAUAAGCACCAGAGGAAGGCACAAUGGGGGAGAAGAGACGGACUCCACACGAGCUGCCACGGACCCAAACCUUCCAGUCAGCCAGGAGGACCUGCGCUGACUUGCGAGCGACACAAGCCAGGCUGAGAGAGAAGCUGGGAACGUUUAGGACUGUUUACUUUGGGUGCUCUGUUUCGUUUGGUUUUUUGUGUGGAAUAAAAGCUGUGUCAGACUCGCCAACCUUGUCCUCUUCCUUCCUACUAACAGCGGACUCGCUACACUCAG